AUGUGGAACCGAGAAAGCUGGAAGUCCAUGUCCGGACAGCAGCUGCUUAGGCUUGUCACCAUCACUUCCGCCGUCGCCAUUUCCUACGAAGGCAUCAGUCAGGGCGUCAUGGGCGCUGUGACCGUUGCACCAGAGUUUGGGCGACGAAUGGGCUAUGUGAACGAGAACAACGAAGUCACCAAGCCCAUGUUACAGGGUGGUAUUGCCUCCAUAUACUACUGUGGGUCUCUUUUCGCAGCCUUCUGGGCGGGAAGCUUCUCAGAUAACUACGGUCGAAUCAAGGGCAUGUGGAUGGCCUGCUUCUGGUGCAUGGCUGGCGUCAUCCUUCAGGCCUCUGCAGUCAACCUCGCACACAUGCUUUGUGCGCGAUUCGUAGCCGGUAUGGGCGUGGCCUUCAUUCUUGUUAUCGCACCGAUGUGGACGGCCGAACUCUCAGCUGCAUCCCACAGAGGCAAGCAAAUCGCACUCACAUUCUUGGCCAAUUUCUCCGGCAUCGCUCUCGCUGCAUGGAUCGGCUUCGGUACCUCUUUCGAUGAAGCGGCAGGUGGGCAGUUCCGUUGGCGAUUCGAAUUCUCGAUUCAGGCUAUUCCUGUCGUGGCUUUGGCUAUGCUGAGUUUCUUGGUCCCGGAAUCCCCACGAUGGCUUGUCAAGGCUGGGAGACCUGAUGAAGCAUUGGAGAUCAUUGCGAAGUUGAGAGGAAACGGUGACGCCAACCACCCGGAGGCACAGAAGGAAUAUCGUGAGAUUGUCACUGUGGUCGAAGAGGAGUCUCACUACGCCAAGACCAACUAUGUCAAGAUGUUCUUUGGCAUUGGAUCUGGAGAUAUUCAUCUUGGUCGCCGCAUCCAGCUUGCCUUUUGGCUCCAGGUGCUUAUGCAGUAUGGUACUGGAAUUGCUGCUGUGGUGAUAUACUCCGGGACAAUCUAUCGGACGGCCGGCUUCGAUAGUGUCAAGUCUGGCUGGCUAUCUGGGUUAUUAAUGCUAGUCGGUAUUAUCGGUACUGCCAUUGCAGCCUUCACCAUCGACCGGGUAGGCCGACGACGAACUCUUUACUGGGGUGCCGUAGCACUUAGUAUUGUCCUUUUUGCUAUCGGUGGUCUGUUCCGCGGGGCCAUUGAUAACCCAGACAAGGCUACACAGUACGGCACGGCAGCUGCCGCCAUGGUAUUCGUUUAUCUCUUGAUUUUCAGUUCCUCCUGGUUGUUAAUCCCUUUCAUUUACCCGACUGAGAUCUUCCCGACCUGGCUCCGAGCUAAGGGAAACGCGUUUGGCGUGGCUGGAUGGGCUGUCGGCUACGGCGGAGGUUCUCUCCUGGUGCCCAUCAUGUUUUCUGGCAUUAAUGAAAAGACUUUCUAUGUUUUCGGAGCUGCUAUGCUCGCGUACAUCCCUCUUGUUUACUGCUUCCUCCCCGAAACCGCCGGGCGUACCUUGGAAGAGGUUGACUAUUUGUUUGCUAGUAAGAGUGCGUUUACGUGGGAGGAGGAGAAAGAAUUUGCAAGACGCACCGCGUUGUUACAGGAGAGGUUGAAUCAAGAGGGAGAGAUGAACGCAUUGAAGAAGUCGAUCAACUCGCAUGUGGAGGCAGUUUAA